AUGCCAUACGUUGCUUCUAUUGACCAGGGCACCACCUCCAGCCGGUGCAUCAUCUUCGAUGAAAAGUUUUCCAUUCUCUCGGAACACCAGCUUGCCCACGAGCAGAUCACACCACAGCCUGGGUGGCUGGAGCACGACCCGGAGGAAAUCUACAGGAACUGCUGCCUCUGCCUCGCAGAGGCGGUGAAGAAGCUGCGCGCAAAGGACCCCAAGUUUGACAAGGUGUCAGCCAUAGGGAUCACAAACCAGCGUGAGACGGGUGUCGCCUGGGACCGCCAGACUGGGAAGCCGCUCUGCAACGCCAUCGUGUGGAGUGACGCGCGUACCUAUGAGGUGAGCAACCGCAUUGCGAAGGAUUUUGGUGGCGGCGACCACAACUUCGCCGCCCAUAUCACUGGUCUGCCGGUCAGCACCUACUUCACUGCCUUCAAGUUCCGCUGGAUGCUGGAAAAUGUGCCGGCCGUAGCCGCCGCGCGCAAGAGCAACAUGCUCCUCCUUGGCACCAUCGAGUCAUGGCUUCUGUGGAAGCUGAGUGAGGGCAAGGUGUUUGUGACGGAUGUGUCGAAUGCCAGCCGCACCUUCCUCAUGAAUCUGAGCACACAGCAGUGGUGCGACGAGCUCUGCGAGAAGCUUGACAUUCCGCGCACGGCACUGCCGGCGAUUCGCAGCAACAGCGAGCGAUACUGCGAUGUCACGGCCAACGACUACGGCAUCCGUGACGCGCUCGGCGUGCCGACGCCCGUGGCGGGCUGCAUUGGUGAUCAGCAGAGCGCCUUAUUUGGCCACAUGGGUUUGCACAAGGGUGAUGCCAAGAACACGUAUGGAACGGGCUGCUUCAUGCUCAUGAACGUGGGAACAGAGCCGCAGUUCUCGAAGAAUGGUCUGCUCGGCACUAUCGCCUACAAACUGGGCACGGAGUCGGCCAAAUUUGCCCUGGAGGGCUCCAUUGCCGGCGCCGGUGCCACGAUGGAGUGGAUGCGGUCAAACCUCAACUUCUACAGUCACCCGAGGGAGAUCGAUAACAUCGCCCGCCAAGUAAGCGGCACCGACGGAGUCGUGUUUGUGCCGGCCUUUGGCGGGCUUCUCGCCCCUUACUGGGACCCGACAGCUCGUGGCACCCUUUUGGGCAUGACAUACAAAACAAACAAGUCUCACAUCAUCCGCGCCGCCCUCGAGGCCAUCUCGAUGCAGGUAAACGCAGUGCUGCUCGCUAUGAAAGAGGACAGCGGCGUUGAGAUCAAGUGCCUGCGCGUUGACGGGGGCCUCACGCGUAGCCGCUUGCUCAUGGAGAUGCAGGCCGAUAUACUGGGUGUGGAUCUUUACGUGCCGCGUCUCACCGAGACCACCGCCCUUGGCGCCGCCCUUUGCGCUGGUCUGGCCGUCGGCGUGUGGAAGUCUGUCAAGGAGAUCCAGAAGACGGCCAAGGAGCAGCUGAGUGGUGAAACGGUGAGUCCGACCAUGACCGAUAAGCAGGUGCGCAAGGCACGCCUGGAGGCCUGGAACGCUGCCGUGAAGCGGUCGAAGUGGGCGAAGUUAUAA